AUUCCAUGUAAGCAUAACGUGGGCGCUAGGAGGGGAGAAGAGUGGAGACUUUGCCUGGCACGGGGCAGAGGUGCCCGGCGCUUACUAGGCCAGGCUUCAGCACCAGGGAGCCUGGCAUCCCAGCAGAAGCGACCUAGGCUCUGCCCUGCCUGAGCCGGGGACACAGCAUAGCUCUUGGACCUCGGCUGCCGCAGGCCGGGCACAAGAAACAGUGCCCUCACCUGAGACCGAGCGGGAUACAAAGUGGGGCUCUCUGGUGGCCCAGAGCUGGUCGCUGGGGAGCCGGCCUCCUGCCCCGGCCCCACCGGUACGGAUGUGCCGCUGCCCGCGGGAGCGCCAUGACGGCAGGAUGACCUCAGCUGAGGCAGUGGCGGUGGCUGGCAGUGCUCGGUGGGCGUCCCCUCAGUGGCCCCCUGACACCCCGCAGGCCCUACGGCGGCCUGGCCGGGCCUGGGUGGCCGUGGCAGCGCUGGUGUGGCUGCUGGCGGGAGCCAGCAUGUCGAGCCUCAACAAGUGGAUUUUCACGGUGCACGGCUUCGGGCGGCCCCUGCUGCUCUCGGCGCUGCACAUGCUGGCAGCUGCGCUGGCGUGCCACCCGGGGGCACGGCGCCCCAUGCCCGGCCGCACCCGCCGCCAAGUGCUGCUGCUCAGCCUCACCUUAGGCGCCUCGAUGGCCUGCGGCAACGUGGGCCUGAGCGCUGUGCCCCUGGACCUGGCGCAGCUGGCCACCACCACCACGCCACUGAUCACGCUGGCCCUGUCCGCGCUGCUGCUCGGCCGCCGCCACCACCCACUGCAGUUCGCCGCCAUGGGCCCGCUCUGCCUGGGGGCCGCCUGCAGCCUGGCCGGAGAGCUCCGGACACCCCCAGCUGGCUGUGGUUUCCUGCUGGCGGCCACCUGCCUCCGUGGGCUCAAGUCCGUUCAGCAGAGUGCCCUGCUGCAGGAGGAGAGGCUGGACGCGGUGACCCUGCUGUAUGCCACCUCGCUGCCCAGCUUCUGCCUGCUGGCAGGCGCGGCCCUGGUGCUGGAGGCUGGUGUGGCACCGCUGCCCGCCCCCACCGACUCCCGCCUCUGGGCCUGUAUCCUGCUCAGCUGCCUCCUGUCUGUGCUCUACAACCUGGCCAGCUUCUCCCUGCUGGCCCUCACCUCGGCCCUCACUGUUCACGUCCUGGGCAACCUCACUGUCGUGGGCAACCUCGUCCUUUCCCGGCUCCUGUUUGGCAGCCGCCUCAGCACCCUCAGCUAUGUGGGCAUUGCGCUCACCCUUUCAGGAAUGUUCCUUUACCACAACUGCGAGUUCUUGGCUUCUUGGGCUGCCCGCCGGGGCUUCUGGCGGAGGGACCAGCCUGGCAAGGGUCUCUGAGACCUGAGGGAGCACAGGGACCACGCGGGACUGCCUCAGCCUGAAUCCAGCCUUGGCCAGUGGCCAUGGGAAAACGGGGAGAGUGGGCAGCCGCUGGGGCCGUUGGGGGAGGUGGGUCUUCCUGCAGGGCCACCUUGGAGGCUGGAAUGGGGACUCCCAGAGAGACCCACCUCCUGUCCCUGCCUGCCUCUCCUUAUCAGAGACCCCACUCACCACUGGAUGGUGGGUCCAAGCCCGGCACAGUCACUGUGCUUGUCAGAGUAAUUAUUACGAUUAGUAUCAACUACUACGCCGAAAACUGCUGGCCAAACUUUGAAAACCUCACCGUGUUCUAAUGAAGAAGAUGAUGAUGAUGGUGAUGAUGAUUAUGAUGAUUGUUAGGGGUCGCACAAUCCUUCCUCCAGGAAAUGGGGGAGGCAGCUAGGAGGCCCAGGGAAGGGCUUCUUUGCUGCUGGGCUUCCCUAGGGAGUUGGGGUCGUCUGUGCCAACUCCAGGCAGCUGCUGUGGCCUCAGCCCUGGGCCCCCCAAUUUUGGGUCUUCCGUCCUCAAAUAAACUAUUUUUGCUUGUA